AUAUAAAAAAAAAAAAAAAAAUACGCAAAUGCCAUUCGAACCGCCCCCGCACCGCCCCGCCCUGCUUUCGCCCCCCAAUUUCGCGCCCAUUUGUGAACAACAGCAACAACAAAAGUAAUAUUUUGUUCAAACAACAGCAACAACAACAAUAAACAGCAAAAUGUUUUGGACCAUACAACGUGAUUUUUAAGCCAAAAUGCACAAAACGCCAACAACAACAACAACAAAGGCAACACCACUAACAACGAAAACAAAAAAUUCAAAAUCAAAAUCAAAAGCAACAACAGCAAGAGCUCCACAUACCACAGCGAGUGGCAUAUUAGAAGCAGCCGAAAGCAGCCAGCCAAGAGCAUUGUGUAAGCCAUAGGCACUGAGAGCCAGGCUUAAAGCCCCCAGACGCACACCACCACCACCACCACCAACAACAAGAUCACAAAGAGUGGCGAAAGGUGCACCCACCAGCAGCCGCCAAGCCAAGAAACCAACAGUAACUGCAGCCACAUUUCAGUGGGUACUCCAAGAGCUCCAAACUCCAUACUCCACAACACAUCAUACUCCAUACUCCAGACUCCAGACUACCGUCUACAGACUCCGGACUUCAGUUCCAGUUCGACGUUUCAGUUCGAGUGCCAUAGAUCCUCACCCAAGUGCCAAAAUCCGUAUCCUGAUCCCGAGCUCAAGGCACCCGUCACAUUAUGGACAGCGGCCCAAAACUGAGCUGAGAACGAAACGAAGGAAGUUCCUUAGUGCCAUAGAAUGCAGUAAUUGAAACAACGACAACAAUAACCACAAAGAACAACCAACCGGAACAGAAACUACAAAAAAACAUCAUCAGAAUCAGAAACAGAAAAGAACAACAAAGUGCCUUCCAUCAAUCCAUCGUUGAUAAGUGAUAUUUAUUAUGUUUAUACUUGCCAGAAAAAGCAAUAACAACAGCAACUGCAACAGGAACAACUACCGAUCGGGAUUCAAAUGAUCAGUCCACGACCAAGUCCUAGACCCGAUCGAAAACCUCCGACAAGUGCAAUCCCGAAUCCAGUUCAAAUUAGUCCAGUACAGUACGUAUAAUGUCCACAUCCGCCGCCACAACGAGCGUCAUAACGUCCAACGAGCUCUCGCUGUCCGCCCACGGCCACGCUCACGGUCACGGCCACGCCCACCAGCUGCAUCAGCAUCCACACAGCCGUCUAGGAGUCGGCGUAGGAGUUGGCAUCCUUAGCGACGCCUCACUGUCACCCAUCCAGCAGGGAAGCGGAGGAGGCGGAGGCGGUGGGAAUAACAACAAUACCUCACCACUGGCGCCCAACGGAGUACCACUCCUAACCACGAUGCACCGCUCCCCGGACUCACCACAGCCGGAGCUGGCCACCAUGACGAAUGUGAAUGUCCUGGACCUGCACACCGACAACUCUAAGCUCUACGACAAGGAGGCUGUCUUCAUCUACGAAACGCCCAAGGUGGUAAUGCCAUCGGACGGGGGCGGUGGGGCGGGAGGCGGUGGUGCUGGAGGUCCGCCGGACGAAGGCCAUGCCAUUGAUGCCAGGAUUGCGGCCCAACUGGGCCAAAACUCUAACCAGCAGCAACACCAAGCUGAGCACCAGCCGCUGGCCAAGAUCGAGUUCGACGAGAACCAGAUCAUCCGGGUGGUGGGGCCCAACGGCGAGCAGCAGCAGAUCAUCUCGCGGGAGAUCAUCAACGGCGAGCACCACAUCCUGUCCCGCAACGAGGCUGGCGAGCACAUCCUGACCCGCAUCGUGAGCGAUCCCUCCAAGCUGAUGCCCAACGACAAUGCGGUGGCCACCGCCAUGUACAACCAGGCCCAGAAGAUGAACAACGAUCACGGCCAGUCCGUCUACCAAACGUCCCCCUUGCCCCUGGACGCCUCUGUGCUGCACUACAGCGGUGGCAACGACUCCAAUGUGAUCAAGACCGAGGCGGACAUCUACGAGGAUCACAAGAAGGCUGCUGCGGCAGCCGCUGCCGCCGGCGGAGGAUCUAUCAUCUACACCACCACCGAUCCGAAUGGCGUCAAUGUCAAUGUCAAGCAGUUGCCCCAUCUGGCGGUGCCGCAGAAACUCGACCCCGACCUGUACCAGGCGGACAAGCACAUCGACCUGAUCUACAACGACGGCAGCAAAACGGUCAUAUACUCCACCACCGACCAGAAGGGCCUGGAGAUCUACUCCGGCGGCGACAUUGGCAGCCUCGUCUCCGACGGUCAAGUGGUGGUUCAGGCCGGACUUCCCUAUGCCACCGCCACGGGUACCGGAGGACAGCCGGUGUACAUUGUCGCCGACGGUGCCCUGCCUGCGGGGGUCGAAGAGCAUUUGCAGAGUGGAAAACUGAAUGGCCAGACCACACCUAUAGAUGUCUCGGGCCUAUCGCAAAAUGAAAUCCAAGGCUUUCUGCUCGGCUCCCACCCCUCGUCGUCGGCGACGGUCACCACCACGGGCGUUGUCUCCACCACGACGAUCUCCCAUCACCAGCAACAGCAACAGCAGCAGCAGCAGCAACACCAGCAGCAACAGCAUCCCGGUGAUAUUGUCAGCGCCGCAGGCGUGGGGAGUGCAGGCUCAAUUGUCUCCAGUGCGGUGCAACAACAGCAGCAACUAAUUAGCAUCAAACGAGAGCCCGAAGACUUGCGAAAGGAUCCGAAAAAUGGCAACAUUACCGGUGCAACGGCGGCGAACGGAGCGGGUUCGGUCAUAACGCAAAAGAUAUUGCACGUGGAUGCACCAGCACCACCGCCGUCCGCAAGUGAAGCUGAUAGGCCCAGCACACCGCACAUCACCAGCAGUAGCAGCAGCACCACCUCCGCCACCAGCACCACACCCACUGAAACGGAACCGGAAGCAGCCACCGCACUAGAGAUGUACGCAACCACGGGCGGCACACAAAUCUACCUACAGACCUCACAUCCCAGCACGGCGAGCGGAGCAGGCGGCGGUGCCGGGCCGGCAGGCGCAGCCGGGGGCGGCGGCGUCUCCCUUCAGGCGCAGAGCCCCAGCCCCGGACCGUAUAUCUCCGCCAAUGAUUACGGAAUGUAUACGGCCAGUCGCCUGCCACCCGGUCCCCCGCCCACCAGCACCACCACGUUCAUAGCGGAGCCCUCGUACUACCGGGAAUACUUUGCCUCGGAUGGACCCGGAGGCUAUGUGCCGGCCAGCACGCGAUCCAUCUACGGGGACGUGGAUGUUUCCGUCUCGCAGCCCGGCGGAGUGGUUACCUACGAGGGCCGCUUCGCCGGCAGCGUUCCCCCGCCCGCCACCACCACUGUGCUGACCAGCAGCAGCAGCCUCUCCAGCAUGCACCACCACCAGCAGCAGCAGCAACAGCAACACCACCAGCAGCAACAGCACCACCCGCAGGACGGCAAAGGCGGUGGUGGCGCCACGCCCCUCUACGCCAAAGCGAUUACGGCAGCCGGUCUGACAGUGGAUCUACCAAGUCCGGACUCGGGCAUUGGAACAGAUGCCAUAACUCCGCGGGACCAGACCAACAUCCAACAGUCCUUCGAUUAUACGGAACUGUGCCAGCCGGGCACGCUGAUCGAUGCCAAUGGCAGCAUACCCGUCAGCGUGAACAGCAUCCAGCAGAGGACGGUGGUGCACGGGAGCCAGAACAGCCCCACCACCUCCCUGGUGGACACGAGCACGAAUGGAUCCACACGCUCCCGGCCCUGGCACGACUUUGGCCGCCAGAACGAUGCUGACAAAAUACAAAUACCAAAAAUUUUCACAAAUGUGGGCUUCCGCUAUCACCUGGAAAGCCCCAUCAGCUCAUCGCAGAGGCGCGAGGAUGAUCGCAUCACCUACAUCAACAAGGGCCAGUUCUACGGAAUAACUCUGGAGUAUGUUCACGAUGCGGAUAAGCCCAUCAAGAACACCACCGUCAAGAGUGUGAUCAUGCUAAUGUUCCGCGAGGAGAAGAGCCCCGAGGACGAGAUCAAGGCCUGGCAAUUCUGGCACAGUCGUCAGCAUUCCGUGAAGCAAAGAAUCUUGGAUGCAGAUACAAAGAACUCGGUUGGCCUGGUUGGCUGCAUCGAGGAAGUGUCGCACAAUGCCAUCGCCGUCUACUGGAAUCCGCUGGAGAGCUCCGCCAAGAUCAACAUUGCGGUACAGUGCCUGAGCACGGAUUUCAGCAGUCAAAAAGGAGUCAAGGGCCUGCCGUUGCACGUACAAAUCGACACAUUCGAGGACCCCAGGGAUACGGCGGUCUUCCAUCGCGGCUACUGUCAGAUAAAGGUCUUCUGCGAUAAGGGUGCUGAGCGAAAAACACGAGACGAGGAGCGACGGGCUGCCAAGCGAAAGAUGACUGCCACUGGGCGUAAGAAACUGGACGAGCUUUAUCAUCCUGUGACGGAUCGGUCCGAGUUCUACGGCAUGCAGGACUUCGCCAAGCCGCCGGUGCUGUUCUCGCCAGCCGAGGACAUGGAGAAGGUAGGUCUGCCAUCCCAAGCGGGGGGCACUGGCAUGACAUUCAACCCACUGAGCCUGAGCAACGGCAACUCCAACUCCAACUCGCACUCGUCCUUGCAGAGCUUCUACGGGCAUGAGACUGACUCGCCGGACCUGAAGGGGGCCUCGCCUUUCCUGCUCCACGGCCAGAAGGUGGCCACGCCGACGCUUAAGUUUCACAAUCACUUUCCGCCCGACAUGCAGACCGAUAAAAAGGAUCACAUACUGGACCAGAACAUGCUAUCCAGCACUCCCCUGACCGACUUUGGUCCGCCGAUGAAGCGUGGCAGGAUGACGCCGCCCACCUCCGAGCGCGUGAUGCUGUAUGUGCGGCAGGAGAACGAGGAGGUCUACACGCCCCUGCACGUGGUGCCGCCCACCACCAUCGGCUUGUUGAAUGCGAUUGAAAACAAAUACAAAAUCUCAACAACGAGCAUAAAUAACAUAUAUCGCACAAACAAGAAGGGGAUUACUGCGAAAAUUGAUGACGAUAUGAUAUCGUUUUACUGCAAUGAGGACAUCUUCCUGCUGGAGGUGCAACAGAUCGAGGACGACCUGUACGAUGUAACGCUCACGGAGCUGCCCAACCAGUAGCACUACAUUGUGGCAGUAGCUCAAAAAAAUACACAAAAAAGGACACAAUUUUGCUAAAAGAAGUUGUUUCAAAUAAGCCAUUUUCAAUAGAGCCUAAGUCUAAUUUCGUAGUUGUUAACCGACGUGGGAGUUUCUACAGAGAUUAAAAAAAAAAAAAAAACAGAACAAUAUGGAAUGGAGAUAAAAAGCUAAUGAAAUAUCUAUAUAUAUAUAUUUGUAAAAUGAUAUAUGAUUUAAAAUUCGAUUUAGUUAUUUAGCAACAAUGAGAUUACUUAAAAUUUUUUGAUCAAAUUUUACAUUCUCGCUAUGGUCCACAUAAAAUUGUAAUAUUGUCUAAGCCCCUAAUCUUAAAUGUACUGUGUAUUUAUGUGGCUCUCUAUAUAUGUUUUGUGUUUAGAGGGCGCAACAGUGUCUGUCCAGUAGGAAUUAAGUCAACUUUCUGAUCCCCUGCUUAUGCUUAGACCUUAGGUCCAGGGCAAUUAAGAGUUACGCGCAACACCUUCUAUUAGCUGUAUCUAUCGGAAUCAUUAGCUCUAUACGGUCUAGAUAUAAUGUAAUCACUUGUAUGUUCGGCUUAAGCGUUUACUUGUUGAAUAUAAAUUGUAAAAUUAUUUUUGAAAAAAAAAACGACACAAAUUGUUUCUGUUUCCAAACUUCGUAACUCGUUACCCCGCUACCCUUUUCCCAGUCCCCACUCUGUUAUGUAUAAUUAGGAUCUCUGUACACAAAAAUGAAAACUGGUAGAACAAAAUUUGAUAAAUGAGAAAAAUUGGUUUGCAAAAUGAACUAAACAAAAAAAAACACUCUUGAAAUAAUUAUCCUUAAAUCUAGAAGUACAUUUAGCGAUAAGAACACUGCAAUAAAACAUGUUGAUAAAAAUCGUAAUUAAGUCCAAGCUAAGGCAAAAAACAUAAUCGAAACUAAACCACAAAAACAAAAAAAAAAUGAAAACCACUUUAAGAACAUUUGUGUGCAUUUGUUGUAAAACAAACAAAAAAUAUCUAAAGAACAAUAAUCAACCAAAAACGUUGAUUCAAAACUAAAAACAAUUAUAAUGAGGACUCCAAUCGUAGCACCACAAAAUAUCGCAACAUCCAUAUAAAGAUACAGAUACACAUAUAUAUAGAAGUAUAGGGAUAACGCAGCAUCGUUCGAAUGCUUUUACAAUCUUUGUUUGCCAUAAUUAACAGUUUAAUUUAAUUAACGAAAUGUUUUGUGUACAAUGUUAUUUGAAUUCAGGCAGAGACUUCGUCGAGAGAUUUGCUUGAAACAACGAAUACUCCGCAUCAAUUGCUACAAUCUUGAACAGUACGAGUUCAAUGCUCAAUAUUAUUAUUAAUUGUUUAUUAAUUGUAAAACCCCCCUUAACUCUGCUGAUAUUGCUCCAUCAAUUCUCUUCUUACCCAAUUAAUAAUGCUCUAUGUCUAUUUUUUUCACUGUUUCGUACCUUUUUUUUAUUUUUGACAUUUCCGGUGUUGUACAUCACAAUUUGUUUUUAAUUUUAGCCCUUAGAUCUAAUUGUACUACUCAAUAUUACACAAUAUUAUGAUAUGGUAUGAGAAGAGAGCACAUAUCAUAUGAUAUCAUAAAUAAAAUGAUGAUGAUGAUGAAUCGAAAAUCUUGCCGGCAUGUUAUAAAAUCUUUAUGUUUAGUUAUCGUACUUGUAACCUAUAAGUUCUAUGCUCUUUCUAUAUAUUGUAUACAAAAAAACAUAUACAUAUAUAUUUUAAAAGCCAAUAAUUUAUUUUUUGUUACUGUUGGAAACAAUUCCGCGAAAAAUAGAAAAGGAAAAACAACAAAAAAAAAAAGAACAUCGUGAAUAUCGCUACUGAGAACAAGUUACACUCCAAUAUGAAUUGUGCGAAAAGUGCAUGUCCCACUUGAGAAAUUAAUGAAGAGACAAAUAAUAUAAAACAAAUUGUACAAUAUAAUUAUAAUGAAUACACAACAUUUAAAUAAAGAACAAAAA